CUAACGGAGAAGCUCGGCCCGCCGGCGACGAUCUGAUGGAGCGGAGCGGCCCGCCGGAGUCCUGGAUGGACUCUCCUUCCUCGAUCCGAAGGGGGCGGCUCUCUUCUCCCCCUCCAAGCGCUUUCCUCGCCCCCGCCUUCGACGCCUGCGUCGCCGCCACCCCUCACUCUUCCUCCAGCGGCGACUCCGUCGACAUCGAUGCCUCCCUCCUCCGCUACACUCGCUCGGGGAAGCACCUUUAUCCCUACGAUUCGUUCGAUCUGUCUUCGUCCACCACGCGGCGCCUUCGCGGCCAUCUCAAGCUCUGUCCCUCCUUGGAUUCCCCUCCACCUGCGUCGGAGGUCGGGGGACGCUCUUUCAUCUCGCCUCUGUCUCCGAUCGACAACCUCCCGCCGAGGAGGGUCACGAAGUACGUGACGCCUGUGAAGGUGGAGGUGGGGGAGAACAUGGUGUUCAUGGACGGGGCGCUUGUGAGCGACGCCGGACAUGGAAUCGGACGGAGUGAUAUUGAAAGAGAUGUGUGCGGCGCCCUGGAUGAGAAUGGCAUCUGCCGCAAUGGUUCCAAAUGCGUGUUUGCUCAUUGGAAAAAGAAGCUGCAUAAUGCCCCUGAUGCGAAGCAAAACUCUGAGUUAUCGGCUAGGCGAUUUGGCUGGCGAAGUAAUCACUCUCUUCCAUCAGCCACAGAUAUUUUUGCUGCAGGAGAGUUUACCAAAAAUGUUGCUUCAGCUUCUCCUACUACUCUCUUGAACGCAGAGACAAAUUGUAGCAAACUGAGAAUUUGUUGCCUUGCUCCACAAGGAUCAGUUGAUCCUCAUUCGAACCUGAGCAAACCAGCAUUAUUAACUGAAGGGGGGACUAUUAGUGACCUUCCUCAUCUGAUCACGGAUCUAACUGAAGCGUAUGACACGAAGCUGGUGGCACCUCUUGCUUCACCAAUGUCACUAAAGUCAUCAUUUCAAUUGCUCCUGACAGAAAUCGAUGAUGCUCAGAUAACUCAUAUUCUGUAUGGCCUUAACCAGAGGCCAAGACUCCCGGUCUUCACUCAAUUCUGCAUAGCGCAUGUGGAGGAAGAAGGGAGUGAAAACAACACCUAAAAGUAAUUGGGAAGCAUUAAUGAAGGCUUCAUAAUUUAAUGAAACCAAGUGAAGUUUAAACGUUUGAAAGUCAUUAUCUUAUGGUACAUAGGUAGUAGUAGUAGUAGUAGUAGUAGUAGUAGUAGUAUGGAUCGCAUAAAUACUAGAACCAAAAGUAUAUUGUUGAAUGCUGAUUUGUUCAUGUUUUCCUUGGAUUUCUUGUGAAUAGUGGUAUUUGAUCAAGUCUAAAUUCUGUGAGUAUCUUGCUAGUAAAUCUGUUUAUAUACAUAUAUUUGCUCAUGCAGAAUGAGAAUUUGCAAGGUUGAUACUUAGUUGGUUCAGUAUACUGAUUGAUUGAGUUGUGUCUAGAGCUAAUUUUCUUUUGUCUUGUAAAUCAAAACAUGAAACAAAUCGAAGCAUUGUCAUUGUUAUAUUAUC